AUGGUAUUUCUGAAUAACAUCUUUACACCUAUUCCACCUAUAACUACUAACUGUGAGGUCACAAUUUCGUGGUCUCAUGCCAAGCAUGAAAAAGAUGCUCGUGAUGCAAAUCAUGGCACAUGGAGCCCAAACCAUUUUGUUUCUCUCAUGUCAACAUCAAAUGUUAUGACCCCUGAAAAGAAAACAUUUAAGAACAAUGCUACUAUCCAAAUACGAAUUCCUGAAUUUCAGUCUUCCCCUAGUAGACGUUUACGAAGUGAAAUCAAUAUCGAAAAUGACUCUGCUCAAUCAAUAAUUUCAACUACAAUACAAAGAGAACCGAAGGACAUCGAGAGUCAACAUCAAAGUCGACUUAAGAAGAAAAGAGAGUGUGCUCGUUCCAGGCGAAUGAACGAGACAGAUGAUCAACGUCAAAAAAGACUUGAAAAGCAAAGGGAACAAAGUGAAGCAAUUAGAGCCAAGAAGAAACUUAAAAAUCACGCUUCUAACAGCAAUACUGUCCACCAACGAAACAUCGAUAUACAGAUGAAUGAAACGGAAGAGCAAGCAUCUUGUGAUGGUGACAGUAUGGGUGAUCUUACACAAAACGGAAAUGCCACAAAGAAAAAGAAAUGUUUCAUUUCUCCGCCUUGGCCAGAAGCGAUUUCUCGUGGCUUGAAAGAGACAUGUUUGCAACAAUUUCUUCAGCAAAUGUCAAUGUCAGCACUGACUGAAACUACUUGUUCAGUUUGCAACGUCCGUACGGCAGUAAAAAAAUCGAAAAAAAUACCGAUCUCAAAAAUUCCUAAUGCUCAUUUACUCAAAGUUUCCGACGAGCUCAAAGACUUAAUCAUAAGCACUCAGUCAUCAACGACACAAAAUUCCAGCGGUAUAAAUAUACAAACGGCUGAACAUGAUCAAAGUAGUAUAAAAUUUUCAAAAGUAGAGAAUUCAUCUUCAAUUUUUAUUAUUUUAGGUUCUUCACCCUUGAAUUCACCAUAUUUCUAUUGUAAGAAUAGGAUUAUCUCAUAUGCAAAUGGUUUGUCUCAACAAAACAGGGUGAGCAUGUGCACAGUCUGCCAAAAAUGUUACGAUUCUUUGUCGAAGAAACACAUUCCGAAGUUUUCGCCUGCCAAUAAUAUGUGGUUAGGUGAUGUGCCUACUGAAUUGCAAGGACUUACAAUUCCUGAAGAAAAGCUAAUAUCUCUUUAUCGUCACAAUAGCUGUGUGAUAAAACUUCAUUCCCCAUUUCAUUCUACUACAACUGCUCAGUCAGCAUUAAAGGGAAAUUGCAUUACCUUUCUUCAAACUAUACCAAACAUCGUUAAUAGUUUGCCACUUCGACUUGACGAUCUUUGUGAGACGCUUAAGGUGAGUUUUGUUGGAACUCGUCCUCCCGAACGCAUUCAACUUAAAAAUCCUAACCGUACGCAAGAAAAGAAUUAUACAAGCACUAUAUUGGCUCAAGAAACAUAA